CGAAGGCUGCUUCCAACUGCUGUCAGUCGAGAUGGUCUACAACACCACCUUCCACCCGGCUGUCAUAUCCAUCAACGGACAACCCGACCUGUCUCUUCACGACCAGAGUUUCCCCGCCCACGCCCACGAAGGGAGGGGCGGCGGGCGUGGCAAGGUAGCUAAGGAUAUGCUGACGCUCCUGACGGCCGAGAAGGAGGUGUCAGCGGAGGUCUACGAGGCGUUGUCGGAGGCUGCGGAUAAUCUGGGCGUAGUGAGCGUGGACUGCCUCAUCUCCCAUGAGCUGUGCCUGACGCCUCAUGACCUCUCCUACCUCAUAGACACGAGACGAGAGGCGGAAACUGAGCAUCGGCCCGUCAUAGAAAACGGGGAAGUCUCCUCUUCGGAUUUUCGGAGUAACUAUAGAAAAACGUACGAGCCCUCCGACGAUGAUAUAUUUUCCCUGGCGGAGGGUACGGAUAAUUUCAAUGAUACUUUGGAAAGAGAGAAGAUUGAUUUUUAUUCGUCUGGAGGUGAUGAGAAGGAGGAUACGGAUAAACUUCGAGUUAAAAUGGGAGAAUCGAGGAAAAAUAGUCAAGGUGGAUUUACUAUGAUAUAUCCAUCUCCCAACGGGAAGUUAUAUGACCAGGUGAUCAGCGACCUGUACCAAGCCGUCGCCUCCAACACAAGCGCCGCCUUCAGUCCUGCCUCUUAUCUCCUUACGGAAAGUUGGCGUCACGUGACUCGGGAUCUCCACGGGCUACUCACGUCACUAGAGUCCUUUUACCGUCCACUUCCUUCAGGAUUCCCGCCCAUGUUGGCUAGUCUGGAUCUCCGUCAAGAUGAAGACAUCCAUGAGAAAUGGUUGAGGCACAGAGAAGCGCAGAAAAAUCCUUGUAUGGAAGACCCGGCCACUGCUCCUUACCUACAGAGGAUCGUCCUUCUACCCGAGGUCGACCUCAAACCGGCUUUCACGCCACUUGUCACGUCCUACUGGGCAGAGGUGGAGUACGAGCUCAUUACAGUUCAAGUGACAGGUGUAGCGCUUCACUGCCAGGCUGAGGCGCGACUUGAGGACAAAUUUGGACCGUCUACGCUAGUGAACUACACCUUAGGGCUGGGCGACAACCACCUGACCCUGGCCGUGGUGGACAUCGCCCAUUCGGAGCCCUGGACCCUUAACACUUACACGAUACACCUCACCCGCCGCUCGCCCCCACGCCCGCGCCCUGACGUCACCUCACGCCCGCACCACCAAGUGUGCGCGCUUAUACAGCUCAACUAUGCCACCCGUACCCCAUCCCCUCCAGGUCGCUGGGUAGUGCCAUGCGGCUGGUGCCUCGAGCGUGCCACCUGCGACUGGACGAAAGCAGUUUGGCAGCCAUAUGCUUGCACGCACCGCCCUCUCUCUCGCCCGGCCCUCCAGAAGUGUCUUAAAGGGAAAACGCUCGUCUUCCUCGGCGACAGCACGAACCGCGGGAUGCUCUACGCCCUCGUCGAAAAGGUCAACGGCUCCUUGACCUCCUGGGACAAGACCCACGACUUGAAGGUCAUACGGAAGGUCAGCUCGGGUCACACCAAUUUUGCCUUCGCUUACUACCCUAAGUUCUGGCUGCCAUCCAAUCAGCGGCCGGUUUUCGACAAGACGCUGUAUCAGCUGUUGCUCAGAGCGAGUCCAUUGCAGAACAACAGCAACACGGUCGUUGUGGUCGGUGGCGUCCAUUGGCUCGCUGUGCAACAUUUACACAUCCUGACUUCAGUGUUGCACAGAGAGGGCCUUGAAGGGGCGCAGGUCGUCUUGAAAACCCUGGGGGCGGGAUUUCACUCGGCGGCGCCCGGCGUGCAUACGGUGACGGCGCGCGACCAUUCCCGUCUCCUGGAACAUUCCCGUUCCUUGUCUUCCUACGCCAGACAUCGAGGCUAUCAUGUUGUGGACACGUUUAACAUGACGUCGGCGAGAUACAGGCAUUUUCUUCAGGGCAAAUGCGCUUGUCAUUUUCACCAGGUAUCGAGCGAGAGGAAACCCGAAGGUGAAAUCCAGUAUCACGUCGAGGGCGAGAUAAAUGACGUUUACACCAGCAUCCUCGCCAACACCAUCUGCCAGCAUCCUUUACCUGGGAGAUGAUUGCGGGGGUGAAAGAUUUAGCUGUCGCUCUGUCUGUCUGUUUGUCUAUUCUGUUUCUAUUUCUAUCAUUCUGUUUGUCUUUCUGUAUUCUGUUUAUCGGUGUAUCUGUAUGUGUUAUUCGAUUUGUUUGUGUGUCUUUUUUUUCUGUCUGUGUCUUCUUCUUCUGUUUGUCUGUCUGUUCUUUGAUAUCUGUUUUCUGUUUGUCAAUCUGUGUAUUUCCCAAUCGGUGCUUCUCUAUUUAUCUCUCUCUCUCUCUCUCUCUUCAUCUGCUUCUUAUUAUUUGUUUUAUUUGUUUAUUUUUGUUUUGUUUGUUUAUUUAUCUAUUUAUUGUUAUAUAUAGUUUUAUUAUAGACAGUCAUAGGAGAUGAAACGAAAACAAGAGAAAACAGAGAGAGGGAGAGAGAAAAAAGAAGGAGGGAGAGAGAGCGAAUGAGAGAGAGAGAGAGAGAGAGAGAGAGAGAGAG